AUGGUCAACGAUGCUUUGAGCAAAAGACAGCGACGCCUACCAAGCACAAGACUUUCUUGCGGGGGCUAUCGAUACAUCAAUCCCACGAUCACGAUUGGCAAUAGUGCGACAACUAUCAAGCUGAUUGCCAUAUAUCUCACAAGUCAUCAGACAACCAAGUUCAACCUCAGGCGGCAAAUGGUAGUCAAGGAGAAGCUGGAUAACAAAUCUCGCGAAAGCAGAAGGACUCGGCCAUGGAGGAGGCACAUAGGGUUUGGCGGCCCUUAUGUGAGGCUGCAGUUACCAGGAGCAAGCAAGCGAGCAACUUUGAAUGCGACAAACAAUGGAUUGACCCAAAGUGUACCAAUUUGGUCAACAAUAAGCGACGGAGCACCCCCUUUCAACAUUGGAUACAGCAAGAACCCAUCUGACUGGCUACACCAUGUCAAGGCCCAUUCACAAGCAACAAGCGAUGAAGAAACAAGAAAGUUGAGCAGCACACACGGUACGACCAUCCUGGUGAGCCACCAUCAUCAAUCAACACCGCAACAAAAUGCAUGGAAGAGUUUAUCUACGUGGCUACCUACCACCUACGACUCGAUGGCGGCGGCAACAAGUGGCAGUAACUACCAAGCGCUGGAGCAGCAGCACGCACAGCCAUACAAGCGAUUAGCCCGAUUCCGAAAAUACUACCUGUCAACACACGGAAAAAUUUAA